AUGGCAUCCAUCUGCCAGAAUUUUGUUGCUUCUUCUAUUACGACAUUAUUGUGUUUCAGUUUGUGCUUUUACUCUUCAGCAUCAGCUCAGGAGUCAGGAACUGCAACGUUUAACACACCUCCAUACCUUCCUUCUAAAUGCUAUGGAUAUGAAGAUCAAGGAGUGAUGGUUGCAGCAGCAAGUGAAGGAAUCUUUAACAAUGGUGAAGCUUGUGGAAAAUAUUACCAAGUAACUUGUGUUAGUGGGACAAACGAGGGCACUCCAUUCCCUUGCUUCGAUAAUGGGCCAGCAGUGGUGAUGAUUACAGAUCUUUGCCCUCCUGAUUCCUGUAGGGGUACCAUUGACUUGUCAGAAGAAGCUUUUGCCUCUAUUGCUGAUACCAAUUCUGGUGUCAUCAACAUCUCUUACCAACAGUAUGUAUUAAGAACUCAAGAACUUAAUUCUGCUUUUACAAUUUUAGAUCAAUAG